CGAGGGGCGGAGCCAGCCUCACUUCCGUCGCCCGCGCCGCUGCCGAUUGGCUCCCGUCCGGAGCGCUCGCCUCGGGCGCGCGGUGUCCACCUGGGACCCGACUUCAGGUGCAGACCCGCCUGGCCACCGCCCCUCCCGCCCCGAGGGCGGUGGUUGCGUCAUCAGAAGCGGCGACUGCACCGCUGCAUCCCGCUCAGGCUUUGACGUGCUGCCCUGACGCCUUAGCUUUGAGGAGGUGGAAGUCAGGGUUGGGAGCUUUGAGGACCUCAUGGAGCCCAGAGGGACCAAGAGAAAAGCUGAGACGCCAGAGGCGGCAGAGCCUCCGAACAAACUCCCGCAUUCAGUGUCCUCACUGCGCACAGAGCCUUCUCUGUACUCUGGACCCUUUCCCUUCUACCGGCGCCCUUCCGAAUUGGGCUGCUUCUCCCUGGACGCACAACGCCAGUACCAUGGAGAUGCCCGAGCCCUCCGCUACUACAGCCCACCCCCCAUCAACGGUCCAGGCCCGGACUUUGACCUCAGAGAUGGAUACCCUGAUAGAUACCAGCCCCGGGAUGAGGAAGUCCAAGAGAGGUUGGACCAUUUGCUACGCUGGGUUCUGGAACACCGACACCAGCUGGGGGGUCCAGGCUGGCUGGCAGGGGCCACAGUGACAUGGCGAGGACACCUGACAAAAUUGCUGACCACACCAUAUGAAGGGCAGGAGGGCUGGCAGCUGGCAGCCUCUCGGUUCCAAGGGACACUGUACCUGAGUGAGGUGGAGACCCCAGCUGCCCGGGCUCAGAGGCUUGCUAGGCCACCCCUCCUCCGGGAGCUCAUGUACAUGGGCUACAAAUUUGAGCAGUACAUGUGUGCAGACAAACCUGGAGGCUCCCCAGACCCCUCUGGGGAGGUUAACACCAACGUGGCCUUCUGCUCUGUGCUACGCAGCCGCCUGGGAAACCACCCUCUGCUCUUCUCCGGGGAGGUGGACUGCAUAGACCCCCAGGCCCCGUCCACACAGCCCCCCGCCUGCUAUGUGGAGCUCAAGACCUCCAAGGAGAUGCACAGCCCUGGCCAGUGGAGGAGCUUCUACAGACACAAGCUUCUGAAAUGGUGGGCUCAGUCCUUCCUCCCCGGGGUCCCACAUGUUGUCGCUGGCUUCCGGAACCCAGAAGGUUUCGUCUGUUCCUUAAAGACCUUUCCUACCAUGGAGAUGUUUGAAAACGUCAGGAAUGACCGAGAAGGCUGGAACCCCUCUGUGUGCAUGAACUUCUGUGCUGCCUUCCUUGGUUUUGCCCAGAGCACAGUUGUCCAGGAUGACCCCAGGCUUGUCCACCUCUUCUCCUGGGAACCUGGUGGCCCAGUCACUGUGUCUGUCCAUCGGGAUGCACCCUAUGCCUUCCUGCCCACAUGGUAUGUGGAGGCUAUGACUCAAGACCCCCCAUCACUCUCAAAGACUCCCUCCCCCAAGGACUGAGGCUUCAGAGGACACACCAGUCCGGUCUAUUUGGAUAAUAAAAGCGUGUUUCUAAGCAGGU